AUGAAAAGCUUCUUAACAAUUGAUGGGCGAAAUGUAUCGAAAAAGACGAAACUUGUAUAUCGAGUUCUUGUCUCUCCUGUACCUCCUAAUUUUGACGUCUACUGUAUCCUCAGUCACAAAUUAUUUGCUGACCGAGUUGUUGCACAUAGUCAUAUCAAUGAUCAUCUCAUUUUGGAACUAGAUGUUAUCGAUAAUUAUGACAAUUGUUUAACGAUUGGAGCUUUGCGCAUAGAUAAUAAUAUCAUGCAGAUUAUACCACAUACUGUUGUUAGCGAUCCAGACACAAGUGAAAUUAAUGCUGAAACUGGUAUGCAACAGAUAUGCGGCUAUGAUCUCACAAAGCAAAAUUAUCCUAUGGAAAAAAAAUUUGAGGCAGAAAUGAAAACACCAUAUACAUCGACAAAUGUUAUGGUAGUCAACGAAGAUUGUCUCAUUCUUUAUGAGAAAUUAGUCUUCGAGGGAUAUCGGUCAUUAUUACUUAAUAUGGCCAAUGCGACUGGAGGUGGUUAUCGAAAAGGUGAUGGUGCACAAGAAGAAAAUCUUUUUCGUCGUUCAGACUACUAUCAAAGUCUUGAUGCCGACAAGAGCGAGAAAGCCGAUGGAUAUGCUUAUAUGAAAAGUCCUCUCUAUAAUGCCUGUGCUAUUGCUGUAGCUGCCUAUCGAGAUCCUGAAUUAAGUAAUAAAAAUAUGCUAGAAAAUAAAUUUGCUAUUAAUACACACAGAAAGAUUGAAAAUAUUUUUGCAAUUGCACAUCAUCACAAACAUGAUUCUAUACUCUUCAAAUCUGUUAUUUAUCAAAAUGCUGGUUUCCUUAAAAAUAUUUAUUUCACUGUUGUUGAUGAUCAUAAUACAGGAAAUAAAAUAAAUCCAAAUGCAAAUUUGGUCCCAUUUAAAAAGAUACUCAAUGGUUUAGUUAUACAACCACCCAAAAAAAUACGUAUCAAGGGAGUUACUGGGCCAAAUCGCGUUCUAGACAGGUCACCGGAUGGUCAAGUAACUCUGAGCGAUGUCUGUACUGCAUAUCUUCCUCCAUGCCAGCACGGUGCUAAAUGUCAUGAUCUUAAAAAUCUUCAACAUAAUAGUAUUUAUUUACAUCCACCAAUGUGUUCACAACAAGAUAUAACAUCCUCGUGUGCUCAAAUCAAUGAUGAAGUACAUAUGUUUACAUUCAUACAUAACAUCAAAUGCAAAUAUAGUGGUGAAUGUGAUAGUACAGAUCCCAAACAUUUGAGUGAAUAUGAUCAUCCAGACUUUUGCAAAAAUGAUCAUGUUAGUGUUGCUCCGUUCAGUGGUUUAAAUAUGUCUAUUGAUUUUGUCUGUAAUCAAGAUCAUUGA